AUGGGCAACAAGCUAUCAACCAAUAUAGUUGUCAAGAUGGGCAACAAGCUAUCAACCAAUAUAGUUGUCAAGAUGGUCAACAAACUAUCAACCAAUAUAGUUGUCAAGAUGGGCAACAAGCUAUCAACCAAUAUAGUUGUCAAGAUGGUCAACAAACUAUCAACCAAUGUAGAUGUCAAGAUGGGCAACAAGCUAUCAACCAAUGUAGAUGUCAAGAUGGGCAACAAGCUAUCAACCAAUGUAGUUGUCAAGAUGGGCAACAAGCUAUCAACCAAUGUAGAUGUCAAGAUGGGCAACAAGCUAUCAACCAAUAUAGUUGUCAAGAUGGGCAACAAGCUAUCAACCAAUAUAGUUGUCAAGAUGGUCAACAAACUAUCAACCAAUAUAGUUGUCAAGAUGGGCAACAAGCUAUCAACCAAUGUAGUUGUCAAGAUGGGCAACAAGCUAUCAACCAAUAUAGUUGUCAAGAUGGUCAACAAACUAUCAACCAAUAUAGUUGUCAAGAUGGACAACAAGCUAUCAACCAAUAUAGUUGUCAAGAUGGUCAACAAACUAUCAACCAAUAUAGUUGUCAAGAUGGGCAACAAGCUAUCAACCAAUGUAGUUGUCAAGAUGGGCAACAAGCUAUCAACCAAUAUAGUUGUCAAGAUGGUCAACAAACUAUCAACCAAUAUAGUUGUCAAGAUGGGCAACAAGCUAUCAACCAAUAUAGUUGUCAAGAUGGGCAACAAGCUAUCAACCAAUAUAACUAUAUCAAGAUGGGCAACAAGCUAUCAACAACCAUUUUCUUCCUCUAAUUGA